AUGUACCAUGACCGGGUGCUCGCUAAUGCAGUGCAGGAGAUCGAGACUUGGGUUGAGGCGCUCGGGCACUAUGACAAUCAAGAAUUCGAGGAGGCUCUGCGGAUUUUCGACGCCAUCGCCGACACUUCCAAGAUCCUGUUCAACUGCGGUGUCAUCCACGCCACCAUCGGCGAACAUGACAGAGCAGUCGAAUGCUACCAACGCGCUAUCAAGCUCGACCAGUACCUCGCCGUGGCCUACUUCCAGCAAGGCGUCUCGAAUUUUCUCGUCGGCGACUUCGAAGAAGCAUUGGCCAAUUUCAAUGACACCCUACUUUACCUCCGAGGAAACACAUAUAUCGACUACGAACAGCUGGGCUUGAAGUUCAAGCUCUACUCCUGCGAAGUCCUUUUCAACCGUGGCUUAUGUUACGUCUAUCUGCAGCAAGAGGAGGCCGGACUGCAAGAUUUUACUUUUGCGCAGAAGGAGAAGAUGACCCCAGACCAUGAUGUGAUCGACGAUGCUAUAAAGGAGAUGGCCCAAGGCUACGUGGUGUUCAGCAUACCUGUUGGUUGCGUUUACAGGCCGAACGAAGCCAAAGUCAAGAAUCUCAAAGCGAAAGACUACCUGGGCAAAGCCCGUCUGAUAGCCACAUCCAACAGCCAGAACACUGGCACCGGCUUCCAAGGCGCGGAAAGGAGACAGCUCAUUGCCGAGACAUCAGCCAAGGACGACCGACCCGCCGAGAACAUCAGUUAUGCAGCGACCAACCUCGUCCAGCGGAACUUGUCAAGCAGGGUCGCCCGGGACCAGAGCGCCCCACCUGUAAUGGGCAGAAAUGUCUUCCCACCAACGCCACCGCCGGAGAUCGAGAAGCCCAGAUCGGGCGGCAGUGCUGUUGGCAGCAAUACUGGCAGCAGCUCCGGUGGUAGCGGCGCGUCUUCGAAUCUGCCCUUGCGAUCCACGUCGAUGCGCCAGCCGCGGAAUAUGUACUCCACUAGAGCAGAGAUGGAACCUCCCCGGCCCGGAAUGAUGAGUCGCGCCGCGACUUUCGAUGUCAAUGGGAACCAACCGCCAGGCGGCAGACUGCAACCACUACAGCGAGAGAACUCCUGGCCUGAAGAUGAACCGCCCAUGAUGGAGCGGCCGGGGCAAAUGGAAAGGUCCCGUUACGGCACGCAAAGAACAGCAUCCGAGCCCCGCGGCCCUUCCUCACGACGGCAGGUGCUCGACCGAUCAAUGUCACAGAGAGCUCCAGCACCCCUAUUCCGCGAAACCACUCGGGAUCGAUACGAAGAUCCCAAUGACACAGUAGAUGACGUCUAUCGCAUGUACGCAACUCCACGUCGGCGUCCCACUCAGCGCCGACCAGAUCCAGAUCUUUACCUCAACGAAGAAGACGAAUACAUAGAGGAGGAGGAAAUGAGCUCAGAAGACAUGAGCGGGUUCGAGCCCGUUCGACGCGCGCCUUCACGCGCUGGCACCAUGCGGGGCAGCAAGCGGCCCGAGAUGCGCAAGAUUCGAGUCAAAUGCCAUUUUAACGACGACACGAGAUACCUAAUGAUCGGCGCGAUCAUAGACUUUGGCGACUUGGAAAGCAAAAUCCGCGAGAAGUUUGGCAUCAAGGAUCAAUUGAAGAUCAGGAUGCAGGAUGAUGGAGACCUCAUUACCAUCGCUGACCAGGAUGACUUGGAGAUGUUGUUGAGCAGCGUGCGGAGUCAGGCGAGAAAGGAGAGGAGCGAGAUGGGCAAAAUGGAGGUGUGGAUAUCAUGA